CUUUAGUACAGAAAACCACAUUUCAACUUGAUAAACCUGAUAAACCUGUUAAUCGACGUAAAAUUCAACAAAGAUUGUUGACUUCGAUGGCACCAAGCAGAAGAAAUUAUUAUCAAAAAGAUACCUUCACAACGAUUCAUAACGCAAGAAAAGCCAAUGCAGUCGAUUUCAUUCACCAAACUGAAACAAAAGACAAAAUUGUUGACUUAGUACUUGAGUCGGGGGAUAAAGGAAUCGGUAUAAACUCAUUGCCUCAUGAAUACUUUCGUAAGUACAAUAGAGCCUUGACCUACACUGGAAAAAAAUUGUAUGAAGAUUUGGUAAAGCAUUUACCAAAUGCUUUCCUUGCAACGAAGAUUGGCACUGGACCUUUGAUUAUUAAAGCACAAGCAAAUCUUUCACAAGAAGAUUCACAAAGAGAAUCUGGAUGGAAGAACCCAUAUGGACCUUUGCCACUUCCAGAAACACCUGAACUUUAUAAUCGGGUUGGUAAAUAUUAUCCGCAUCAUCAUCGUAAUGGCCAACCUUCUUCAUCUUCACCUUCGUCAUAUCGUUCAACAGAUGGUCAUCCAUCAUCUUAUCGUAAUGGUCAACCUUCUUCAUCUUCAUCUUCAUCAUAUCGUUCAACAGAUGGUCAUCCAUCAUCUUCAUCAUAUUGUUCAACGGAUGGCCAUUUAUCAUCUUCGUCAUAUCGUUCGAUGGAUGGCCAACCUCCUCCUUCUUCAUCAUAUCGUUCAACAACAGAUCGAUAUGACGAACGAAGAAAGAGUAUUAGCCCUUUUAGUUCACCAUUAUCACCUCCACAAACUUCUCUCGGUUCUUACCGACCUAGACAAUCAUCACCAACAUUACCUUUUUCUAUUAGUUCUCCACUGUCACCAUCUUUACCAAAAGGAGAAAGUACUGAAUAUUUUUCGCAACUUGCACCUUUCAAUUAUCCUCCUCAAAACAAUAAAAACAAUAACAAUAACAACAACAAUAAUUAUCAUUCAUCACCAACAAAAAGUGAAAUCAUAAAUGGCAAGAAUGACAAACGUGAAUAUGAUGAUUAUUUUGAAUAUUCUAGAAAUAAAAAAAUUGAAGAUGUUAUAGAGAAGAUGAUGAUUUCAGAGGAGACACCAUCAAUCAUUGAAUCAAAGGAAAAAGAUAUAUAUAUCGAAUCAGGAUUUAAAAAGUUCAAAGAAUUAAUAUCAGGAAACAUAAAAAAACCCGUGAUCAUUAAGAGGGAGGAUGCACCAAAUCUCACCGAACUUCAGAGAGUUGCUUUAGAAUUGCUUUUCAUUUAA